AUGACCGAAACACAGUCAUGGCGACCAAAAGUCAUUAUAUUCGACCUUCUUACCGCCCUUCUUGAUUCUUGGACACUCUGGGAUGCAUCUACACCAUCCGGCACCGCAACCCAGGGUCGACCUUGGCGCGCAAGAUAUUUGGAAGUGACCUUUGGCCAGGGCACUUACGUCCCAUAUGAGCAGCUCGUUCAUCAAGCCGCAAACGACGUUGGUCUACCCGACUCGGCUCCCACGAAGCUAUUGGAGAAUUGGAUAAACCUACAACCUUGGCCAGAGGUUCCUAGAGUUUUGAAGCAACUUAGAUUGCAAGGAUAUAUGCUUGGUGUUGUGACCAACUGUUCAAUAUAUUUGGGGAGGCUUGCAUGCAGUAGAGCUGGUCAGUUUGAUGCUGUAGUUACAGCGGGGGAGAGUGGGUUUUAUAAACCUGCGCGGGAGGCUUAUCAAGCUAUUCUGACGGCCAUGGAUGUUGAAGCCGAGGAUGUUUUGUUUGUUGCUGGUAGCGCGGGAGAUGUGGAGGGGGCAACAAAUGUAGGCAUGAAAGUUGUUUGGCAUAAUAGAGUAGGUCUUGCCAAAAAGGGGGAUGCUGUGCCUUUAAAGGAAGGGAGAAUAACACUCCGAAGUAUCUCUGCAGUCCUUGUUAGCAUAGGUACAGAUUUGGGUCGUCUGUCCAGUAAUGAGCAGGAACUGAUCACCUCCAUCACCUCUGGUGGUGCAUUAGUCGUCGCAGUUACCACGGGAUUUACCUGCGAUAAAUUCGGGCGGAAACUUGGUAUUUAUUUUGCCUGUGUGCUGUUCCUGAUCGGCACCAUAAUCCAGGCCGCUGCUUUCUCCCUCGCACAGAUGUCAGUAGGCCGCCUUCUUGUUGGCCUGGUCGUCGGCAUCGCUGCGAUGGUUUUUCGACUCCAUAUCGCUGAACUCGCCCCCGCACGGUAUCGUGGCUGGAUGAUUGUUGCGGAAAACCUCUGUGUGGCUGGGGGUCAAUUCAUCGAGUACGCCAUCGGGGCUGGGCUUACUGACGCACCCAAUGGUUGGCGCUAG